AUGCUGAAGACAUGGUAUUCUUUCCUGCUGUGUUGGCUGUCCUUGCAACUUGAGGCUAAUCCUGGUCUUAAAGUGAGGAUUACUCAGAAGGGGCUGGACUACGGCAGGAGGAUUGGGAUGGAGCUCCUGAAGCAAGAAGUACUGAAAGAGACUUUCCCAAGCUGGAGUGGGCAGGAGAGUUUCUUGGUUGUUAAGGUCAACUAUGUCAUUUCAAGGCUGAGAAUUAAUGCUGUAGAUUUCCCAGAAUCUUCUGCUUCCUUUAUUCCUGGCACUGGCAUUAGUCUGUCAGUGGCACAUGCUUCUGCUACAAUCAGUGCAGACUGGAAAAUUAAUGCAUGGCUGCUCAAAGACCAAGGAGGAAUUACGGUGUCAGUCUCAGGACUGUUUAUUGCAGUUAUCAUCAGAGUGUCACGGGAUAGCACAGGCCACUUGUCCGUGUUGCUACACAAUUGCCAGACGAGCAUUAAUAGUAUAAAAGUCAAGUUAAGUGGUGAAUCUAGCUGGAUCUACAGCUUUCUAUCUGGUUACCUUGAGAAGCCCAUUCACACCAAAUUGAAUAAAAAUCUAUGCCUAAAUAUCAGAUACAAAAUCCAGAUGAUGGAUGCACAGUUUAGAAAGCAUAAGGUCUUAAACCAGAUUGAUGCCUUUGCACAAAUAGACUAUUCCCUAGUUAGUUCCCCUGCAGUCUUCAAAUCACACAUGAACUUGGAUUUGAAGGGCACAGUCUGUCCAGUAGGCAAUCACACAGACCCUCCCUUUGUGCCAGCUCCAUUUGCUCUCCCAAACAAGGAUGAUUCCAUGCUAUACCUGGGAGUUUCCGGUUAUUUUCUUAAAUCUGCUUCACUGGCUUACUACAAAGCAGGGGCCUUUAACAUCACCAUGUCCAAAGAGCUUGCUACAACUUUUAACCUAAAUACUGCCCUAUUCAAAGAUUUUGUUCCUAAGAUUGCCCUGAGUUACUUAACAGCAUGCCCAAUGCUGCUGAAGCUGAUGGCUACCUCACCCCCUGUGGUCAGUUUAAAUGCAGACAGAUUCAUCCUACAUAUCACUGGCUGUGUGGAAGUAUUUGCUGUUCUGCCAUAUUCAACCACCCAGUACAUCUUUGCCGGGAAUCUAACAGCCAGUACCAGAGUCUAUUUGACAAUCACCAAACAGAAGCUGAUUAUCUCAUUACUUCUGAAGAGGCUCCACUUCUCCCUGCUGCACUCCAUUCUUGGCUUCUCUGAGAUGUCCUUGGCAGAGAAUUUUCUGUCAUACGCUUUGCGGAGUGCAGUGAUCCCAGUAAUCAAUGGUAAGGAUUGUGGCCAGAUCCUGAGCACAGCUGGUGGGAAAGCAAGAUUGAAACCGUAAAAGGGAGUUCCCAGCUUUAAACACUGUUAUGGCAGGUUUUCUGUCCAUUUGGUUACAUCUGGACAGGUCUGAUCAGUGCUGGACUUCAGUCACAGUCCCUCAGUCACACAGAUCAGGGACAAGGACAGAGGUCAUCUGGUGAUUUCCACUGAUGUUGAUUACAAACAUAAGGAAGGGGGAGAUGAGGACCUUCACAGUCACUCCUAA